AGCCGAAGCCAUCUCCAAACUCCUCGCUCCCACGGACCUGAGCCACCGCCGCCGCCUCUCCUCGCCGCCGGAGAAGGCGCCGCUCGCUCGGGAGGAUAGCCAUGGCUCCAGAGCCUGAGGAUGAUAUCAUGAACGAGAAGAAUCCCCGCCCGCUCGACGAGGACGACAUCGCGCUACUCAAGACCUAUGGGCUUGGGCCGUACUCGACCAGUAUUAAGAAGGUCGAGAAGGAGAUCAAGGAAAUGGCCAAGAAAAUUAAUGACCUUUGUGGGAUAAAGGAGUCUGAUACAGGGCUGGCUCCACCUAGCCAGUGGGAUUUGGUGUCAGAUAAACAGAUGAUGCAAGAAGAACAGCCAUUACAAGUAGCAAGGUGUACAAAGAUUAUAAGCCCUAAUACCGAUGAUGCCAAAUAUGUUAUAAAUGUAAAACAAAUUGCAAAGUUUGUGGUUGGGUUGGGGGAUAAGGUUUCUCCAACGGAUAUCGAGGAAGGGAUGAGGGUCGGUGUUGAUCGCAACAAGUACCAGAUUCAAAUUCCUUUGCCACCGAAAAUUGACCCAAGUGUUACCAUGAUGACUGUGGAGGAGAAACCGGAUGUGACAUACAACGACGUUGGUGGAUGCAAGGAACAGAUCGAAAAGAUGCGUGAAGUUGUUGAACUUCCUAUGCUUCACCCAGAAAAGUUUGUCAAGCUCGGUAUUGACCCUCCAAAAGGUGUCCUUUGCUAUGGUCCACCUGGUACUGGCAAGACACUUCUUGCAAGAGCUGUAGCCAAUCGAACUGAUGCUUGUUUCAUCCGUGUAAUUGGAAGUGAAUUAGUUCAGAAGUAUGUCGGAGAAGGUGCUCGGAUGGUUAGGGAACUGUUUCAGAUGGCCCGCUCAAAGAAAGCAUGCAUUGUCUUCUUUGAUGAAGUUGAUGCUAUUGGUGGCGCUCGUUUUGAUGAUGGGGUAGGUGGCGACAAUGAGGUGCAGCGCACGAUGUUGGAAAUAGUAAAUCAACUUGAUGGGUUUGAUGCCAGAGGAAACAUCAAGGUUCUCAUGGCAACUAACAGGCCUGAUACCUUGGACCCUGCACUUCUGCGUCCUGGUCGUCUGGACAGAAAGGUAGAAUUCGGACUACCUGACCUUGAGGGCCGCACCCAAAUUUUCAAGAUCCAUACACGCACCAUGAACUGCGAGCGAGACAUUCGUUUUGAGCUUCUGGCACGGCUCUGCCCCAACUCCACUGGAGCGGAUAUAAGGAGCGUUUGCACAGAGGCCGGGAUGUACGCCAUUCGUGCCCGCAGGAAAACAGUGACAGAGAAAGAUUUCCUUGAUGCCGUGAACAAGGUGAUCAAGGGUUACCAGAAGUUUAGUGCCACACCAAAGUAUAUGGUGUAUAACUAAUCCGACUGCCAUUGCACAUGAAGCCUGUUGUUUUUAGAGCUUUGAAAGUUGUAUCAUCAUGAGAAUCUCUGCAAAAAUUGUUGUUUGGAGAUCUGGAUCCGCGGUGACUUCAUCCUGUACCACAUGCUUUUAAGACGAAACCAGGGUUCCCCGCUCAGUGAUUCAGUGCAUGUUUAUGACUGGUGCAAAUA